GUCUCCUCUGCUGUUUUUUCCGUCUCUGGUUCUAUCGUCAUAUCUGCACCUCCAGAGAAAGUAUGGCAAACUCUCCUGGACUUUGACUCUUACAAGCAAUGGAACCCAUUCGUUCGUUCCCAAAUAAUCCUGAACAAUCCCAAUUCGGCACCUCUCUCCGUCGGACAUCACAUCAAACUGUACCCUGUACAUCUUCCUCCAACACUAGAUGACGCCAACGUCGGACUACUGCAAACGAGCUCCGUCCUCGCCGAGGUCACGGUCCUGGACCAUAAUAACCAUCGUGUUGCAUGGAGAAUAGCAGGUAUGCUCCCAAGAUGGAUGCUAGAUGCUGAACGGUGGCAGAUGGUUACUGUCGAAGAAAGUGGAGGAGCAGGAGUCGAUGUAAAAUGCAAGUAUGAGUCCUAUGAAGUGUUCAAGGGGAUCCUCGCAUAUGUUGUACGGUGGUAUGUUGGGAAGGAACUUACGAUGGGAGUCAAUGCGAUGGCAGAGGGACUUAAACGUAGAGCUGAA